UCGGAAACAGGAAGCAGCUGUUGGGGGGGGAAAGAGAGCGAAACAAUAAUGGUGGUGUGUAUGUGUCGCGUCUCUGAAGCCCGGCGGGAGACUCAAUCCUAUUUGCUGUUUAGCAAGUUCUGCUGAACUCUUUGGAGCCUACUCCCAGAUGAUCUGGUCCCCAGUGCAUCUUAGUUGGAGAAGGUGAGAGAGGCUAUGGAUGAAACAAUAUUUCGAAGUGAUACAGUACUCUCUGAUAUUCACCUCCACACUGCAAACAGAAGGCAUUUUAUGGUGAGGUUGAAUGCUGUUGGCCAGCCAGUCUUUCUCUCGCAGUUCAGACUCCUUUUGGAUGAUAGCCAGAGGGACCCCGAAAAAGAAGAGAGAGGCCACAAAACAUCCCUGGGCUGCCAGAGCAGAAGUGAGGAAGAAUUCAUUGCAGAGGACAGAGCUGGUGAUGACGAUUCUCCAGACAGUCCAGAAAACAAAGGUGACUCCUGCAGAGGAUUUGAGGCCUUGUUGGAUGAAGAUGGGGACCUGCAGGUGGUCCGGAAAGCUCCCCUUCCUCCUGCAGGAGGUGAGGAUCAGACGAGGACUAAGGCCUGCCCCAUCAUUUUGAGUAAGAAUGGAGAUGUCUUGGAAGAACAAGAACAUGAGAGCGACGGUUGCAAUAUUGUUAAAAUAGAGCACACCAUGGCGACACCUUUAGAAGAUGUUGGGAAGCAGGUCUGGCGAGGAGCUUUCCUGCUUGCUGAUUACAUCCUCUCGAAGCAAGAUAUGUUCAAGGGUUGCACAGCGCUGGAGCUUGGGGGAGGAAUUGGGUUUGUCAGCAUCAUCAUGUCAAAAGCUGCCAAGACCAUUUAUUGCACAGAUGUUGGUGAAGACCUACUGAGCAUGUGUGAACGAAAUGUAGCCUUAAACAAGCACGUCACUGAGCCAACAGGAAGCGAAAUCAGAGUUAAAAAACUGGAUUGGCAGCAAGACGAUUUCUGCACUGAUCCUGAGGAUUGCUUCAGCUGGUCCAAAAAAGAGAUUGCUGAGCUACAUGACCUCACCACUGUGAUACUGGCUGCUGAUGUAUUUUAUGAUGAUGACCUAACAGAUGCUUUUUUCAAAACGCUGUCCCGAAUCACUCGCAGCCUGAGGAAUUCUUGCACCGUCUACUUCUCUAUGGAAAAAAGGUUCAACUUCACUUUAAGACAAAUGGACGUUGUGUGCGAAGCCUACAAUCACUUCCGGAGUACUUUGGAGGAGCUGCUGAAAACCAGCGAUGGCGAGAUGAGAUACUACGUUCAGCUUGUUGAGCUGUCUUUUCCGCAGCGUAUUGUUUACGAGCGAGUUCCGCAACUGGAGCUGUGGAAGCUUAGAGCUCAGAAGGUACCCGGCGGAUCCCAUCCUCAGCUCCCAAGAGACUAAAAGGAGACGCAGUGGCUGCUUCUCCCAAUAUCAGCUGAUCUUGUGAUGUGAAAUAAUCUGCGAUUGAAAUAAGGAAGCCGAUAGAAUUCAGACCCGUGUCAAAAACAGAUUAAACAUAUAUGUGGC